AUGGAUGGCGGUGGCGGUACUGAUCGUUAUUCACGAUCAUUAGGACGAAUUGAAGCUGCUGCAAGCGAAACAGCACAUAUCGAAGGAAACGGUGGUGCAACAACAGCAGCCUGGAUGAAUGAUACUGGUAUUUCGGUGUGUUCUGCAAAUGUUGCUACCAUUGGUAACCAAAAUAAUGCAUUGAGUAAUAUGCUUAAGCGACCAUCUGAUUUACUCAUGGAUGGUGUUGGAUAUGAGAAACGGGUCAAAUUGGAAUCGAAUCAUCAGGAGGAUCAUAAAAAUGGUCUAAUUGGCAUAGCAACAAAGACAGAUAUAUCAGCGAUAAUGAGCGGAUCACCACCACGUAGCGGUGGCGGUACAGCAGGAGCAACACGUGUGAACACUAUCGUAACGAAGGUUGACAUGUCAGCUGCUGCAGAUAAUCUUGGACAAAUGGCAUGGAAUGGGCAAUUAUCACGAAUGACUGAUGCACGUGAUCCUACAUCAUCAGCUUCUGUUGAAAAAAUAGUUGAACCGUUUGCCCAAGGGAUUACGAUGUACCGUGUUGCAGCGACACAUCCAGUGGAUCCAGGACACGAUGUACCGUCAACAUCAGUGGUUGCAAGUCAUCAACAACAGCAACAAACAGGUGUUAGCGCUGCACCAUCAAUAAAUCUACCGAACUUGUCGUCUGUUAAUUCCUUAAGUGGUGAACCAGCUGGACUUUCGAUUGGUGUACUUGCUCCUACCGGACGGAAUGAGCUAUCAUCAGCUGUUGCAGGUGCUACCGUUGGUACCACCAAUACGGAUAAUCGUGGAGCAACCGGUCCACCAUCAGCACCACUACCACCACCACCACCCGCUGCAUCUUUACUUGAUCCAUUUCGACAAGCAUUUUUUGGUGGCACCAAUCUUGCUGCAUUGAAUGCUGCCGCUGCAGCCGCUGCUGCUGCUGCUGGUGGUGGUGCCGGAUCUACAAUUGGUGGUGCCGAUUUCGGUAAUUUAUUUUUUCCUGGUGCACCACCGAAUGCUGCAGCUGCAUUCCCAUUUCUUGCCGCACAAAUUCUUCAGCAACAACAGCAAACACAACAGUCGAUGUCACUUGCUCAAGGUACUGCACCACCAACAACCCUUUCAGCAGCAGCGCAGCCUUCAACCUCAACCACAUCAUCAAUGGGCUGUAUCCAAUUUCCACCCGGCACUGCACUUAGUUCACAACUUGCUAGUGCUGCAUUAUUAGGACGGACUUUACCAAUCGCUGGUACUCAACCAUUACCUAUGAAGGCAAAACAAGGACGAUGGUGUGCAAUGCAUAUCAAAAUAGCGUAUGAAAUAUUAUCGAAGAAGGAGCGCCGUUCAACACCACAGCCAUCGAUUGUUGCAGCUGCUGUAUCACAAAGUUCAUCGUCAUCUUCAGUAGCACCAUCAUCGCAAAACAGUAAUAAUGCGCCUACAAUGAGGACGGGUGGUGUAAUGGCUCCGUUCUGUCCGCCUUCUACUUCAAGUUCUAAUAUGCCAAGUUUGGGUAGCGGACUGCCAACAUCGUUUCCUGUGUUAGCUCAAUCCGGUGCUUUAUCAUCACCUUUCACUCUACCGUUCCAGCAACUCUCUGAUCCGAAUAAAUUGGCUCGUCAAAGCGCAACGCCGAAACAGUCGCAAGGUCGUUCAACGACAGCUAUAAGUCGUAGCCCAACAACGUCUGCAUUACAUUUGCAACUUGGUGGUGGCAAUACUGGUAGUGGUGCCGGUGGCCUAAUGACACCAUCGAUGGCCGUAGCUGCAGCUGCGGCAGUUGCAGCUGGUGGUACUAUUCCUCCGCUUCAAGGAUCUCUUCCAAGUGCCCUACCCGGUGUUCUUGGUUCAUCGUUACCUCUGGCACCGAAUUUACCCGGUGCUACCGCCUCCCUCACCAAUGGCACCAGUGAAGUAGCAGCUCAAGCGGCUAUGUUUGCUGCACUACAAAAUGCCCAACAGAAUGCAGCUACAGCUGCUCUUCCGAAUGGUUCACUUUCCUCCGCAUCCUAUCUAUUGCCAUCUGCCGCGGCCGCAUCUGCUCAACCGCAUCCUCUUACGGCAGUUACUUCACAGGCGCAAUCUGUUUAUUCGUCACAGCGAUUAUUCGAUCCCAAUAUGGCUGCUGUAUUGCAACAGAUGCAGUCGAUGGAAGCAUUGCGACAAUCAGCCGCAGCAGCGCAAAUGAGUUCUAAUGCAGCAACCGGACCACAUGUUCCAGUUAGUGGUGCGCCUCAACCACCACCUCCACCACCAUCAUCUCUCGAUCUGGUUCGGAUGCAAAUGGAACAGCAAAUGAUGGAUCGUUAUAUGGUGGCUUUGAGUAGUGCCUCAGCUAUAGGUAGUAGUACAUCGAUGGCACCAACUUCGAACCUUGAACUCAUGCGACAACAACUUUUUGCCGCACAAAUACGACAGCAACAAUCGCAACCGUCGUUAGAAGCACUGCUUGAAAUGCAACGUCAGCAGCACCAGCAACAACAACAGCAACUUUACAAUGCUUCGCGUGGUCUUCCAUCAACAUACACUUUAACUGGUGCUACACCUCCCGGUGGAAUUCCUGGGCCGGCUGCGGCAGCAGCUAUGUCGUCAAAUGCUGCAGCGGCAGCAGCUGCGGCAGCAGGAUUACCGCAGAGUCUUAGUGCUGCAGCUGGUCUUUUCAAUUCCAAUCUGAUGUCACUUGGUAAUGCAGCCGCUGCAGCUAAUUUGCAGCAAGCAUUGUACAGUGGCAAGAAUCCCUAUUCCAAUACACUGGAACAACUGGCACGACAGAAGCGCGAAGAAGAUAUCAUGCAGUCGGGAAGGUAG